CUUGGCUACUGAGAAGUAACAGGAGUUUCCGCUAUUGAUAUAUUAGAGGCGAGACGCUACGGAACAGAGCUAGAAGGAAUCAGCUAGCCAUGCCUCCAGUUCAGAGGGAUAACCAAUUGGCUGAUGGAGUAACAAAUGAAAAGUAAUCUGACUCCACUGACCUGCUUAACCCUGGAUGAGAACAAUGGAAAGGAGUAGCCUUUUGCUUUGAAACAGUGGAACAGCCUGAGAAAAUGGCAUGUAACAUACCUAACCAAAGACAGCGGACUAUGUCUACAUCUGGAGAAGCACUAUAUGAAAUUCUUGGUCUGCAAAAGGGAGCAUCAAAUGAAGAAAUAAAGAAAACCUACAGAAAACUGGCCCUGAAACAUCAUCCAGACAAGAAUCCAGAUGAUCCCACUGCUGCUGAAAAAUUUAAAGAAAUCAACAACGCCCACACAAUACUUACUGACAUGUCGAAGAGAAACAUUUAUGACAAGUAUGGCUCACUGGGGCUCUAUGUGGCUGAGCAAUUUGGAGAUGAAAAUGUUAAUACGUACUUCAUGCUGUCGAGCUGGUGGGCAAAGACCCUGUUUGUCAUCAUUGGACUCUUGACUGGCUGUUAUUUCUGCUGCUGCCUAUGCUGCUGUUGCAACUGCUGCUGUGGACGCUGCCGGCCCAAAUCAUCGGUGCCAGAAGAGGACUUUUAUGUGUCUCCAGAGGAUCUUGAGGAGCAGAUCAAGACCGACAUGGAAAGAGAUGUGGACUUUCCAGUUGUUCUCCAGCCUACAAAUGCAAAUGAGAAAACACAGCUAAUCAGAGAAGGACCUCGAAGUUAUUGCACAGACUCUUAAUAUUGAGACCACUGAGGGUCCACAAUACCUCCUCUUGGUCCAGCCAUGUCUCCAGGUGGUCAUGGGAGAGCAUGGUAGGGGGCAUGAAAUGCUGUGAACUUUUCCACAUUUGUAUUUUAUUUUUAGGUUAGGGAAAGAUGAUUGCUAUAUAGUUUCCUCAGUAUGCAGUCUCACUCUUUGAGUUGAAUUCCUAAUGAAACACCUUCCAUUUUGAUGAAUAAAAGCCUGGAAAGUUAUUUUAUGCUCCUUGCCUGAAGUAAGACAGUGGCACUGCACAGGCUUCAUGAGCCUGCCCUUUAUGUGACCCAGACCUAAUUCCUUACUGCCGCAUUCCAAACAGAAGCUACUUUUCAUCUAUUUAACUGAAUUGCAAUAUUCCUAUCUGCCACAAAUAUCAUCAGCAAAACAUAGAGAAUUUAAGAGGAAUCUUAAACAUAUGUGGAGACUUUUCUCUGUCAAUAUUCAAUAUGGCAAGAGAAAUAUUUCAAAAGGCAGGAAGAAAUUAUUAGGUAAAAAAGACAAAUCACUUAAUUUUGAAGUAUACCUUUGAAAGAUUAAAAAUGGUCAUUUAUUGAAAAUUGUUGAGUAACACCAGGAAGAGGUUUUGUGUAUACUUUUAGAUGGGCACAAAAACAAAAACAAAACAAAACUUGGUUAAAUUAAUGAUUUUUCUGGAUCCAGAACCAGCCCUGAAAACCAGCCCUGGAAAAUGUAUUGACCAUUAUUUUAAGUAAAAAUAAUUUUUGUAAAACUGACCUAGAUUAGACAAAGUGAGAAAAAAAAAACCAUACAGGGUAAAAGGUAGAAUUCUGAAUUCUCCAGCGUAACUUUAGUCUUAAAGGCGUAUCAUUUACCCUGUUUUGGGUGGGAUUAAUUACAAUGAUCAGAAAAUGCUCAGCUCUGCGCAUAUUAAACAAUUAAGCUCAAAGGUCAUGUCUGCAGUUACUGUUUGAUCCUUAUAUUCAUUAUGUAAUCAAAACCAUGUGCUAAAACCAUGUUCUAAAAUAGUA